GUCUGAGAACGAAGACAUGGCCAGAGAACCUGACAGCGUGCUGAGAUGGGCAGCCCUGUUGGUGCUUGCCACCCUGGGCACAGCUGUGAUGACGGCCACCAACCCCGGCGUCGUGGCCAGGAUCACCCAGAAAGGCCUGGACUACGCCUGCCAGCAAGGAGUGGCCGUGCUGCAGAAGGAGCUGGAGAAGAUCAAGAUCCCAGACUUCUCAGGAAGCUUCAAGAUCAAACAUCUCGGGAAAGGACAUUAUAGCUUCUACAGCAUGGUUAUCCGUGGAUUCCAGCUUCCCAGUUCCCAGAUAAGACUAGUGCCCAAUAAGGGCCUUGAUGUCUCCAUCAUAAAUGCCAACAUGAAGAUCAGUGGAAAAUGGAAGGCCCGAAAGAAAUUCAUCAAAGCCAAGGGCAACUUUGACCUGAGUCUGACGGGCAUCUCCAUUUCGGCGGGUCUGGAGCUGGGCUUUGACCCCGCCUCAGGCCUCCCCACCGCCACCUGUUCCAGCUGCAGCAACGAUAUCAACAGUGUCCACGUGCACAUCUCAGGCGGCAAGAUGGGGUGGCUGAUACAACUCUUCCACAAAAAAAUAGAGUCUUCGAUCCGAAAGACCAUGACCAGCAAGAUCUGCCAGAUAGUGACCAGUUCCGUGUCCUCCAAGCUGCAGUCUUAUUUAAAGACACUGCGAGUGACAACCAAAAUAGAUAAGGUCGCUGGGAUCAAUUACUCACUGGUGGCACCUCCGACAGCCACAGCUGACAGCCUGGACGGGCAGCUGAAGGGAGAGUUUUUCAGUGUGGCACACCCUGGCCCCUUUCCCUUCACCUCGCCACCGCUGGCCUUUCCCAACGACCAUGACCGUAUGGUGUACCUGGGCAUCUCCGACUACUUCUUCAACACAGCGGGGUUCGUGUACCAACAGGCAGGGGUCCUACACCUGACCAUCACGGACGACAUGAUACCAAAGAAAUCCAAAUUCCGACUGACAACCACAUUUCUUGGAACCCUCAUACCCGAGGUGGCCAAGAUGUUCCCCAACAUGAUGGUGCAGCUCAACAUCUCAGCUUUGUCCCCACCGCACAUCACCGUGCUCCCCACCGGCCUCGUCUUCACCCCUGCCCUGGAGAUCCAGGCCUUUGCUGUUCUCCCGAACGCCUCCUUGGCUUCCCUCUUCGUGCUUCACCUGAACACGAAUGUUUCGAUGGAGGUCAGCGCCUCGGCUGACAGGCUUGUCGGAAAGCUCAGCGUGGACGGGCUGCUCCUAGAACUGAAGCACUCGGACGUCGGCCCCUUCCCGGUUGUGGUGCUGCAAGCUAUCAUGAAUUAUGUUCUGUCCACGACUGUGAUUCCCAGGAUUAACGAGUGGCUGAUGAAAGGCUUCCCUCUCCCGCUGCCCGCCAACGUCCAGCUCUUCAACCUGGUGCUUCAGUCCCACCAGAAUUUCCUGCUGUUUGGUGCAGAUGUUCACUACAGCUGA